UUUGGUAGUGGCUCUUCCAUCCGCAUAGUUAAUAUGUUCUAAUCGUGUGACAUUGGGGUGUCCGUGUGCAAGACAUGGAAAAGAAGCAAAGCAAGCCUCCCAAACCUUUUAAGAUUUUAGUGAAUUUCUUUCACAGAUCAAAGAAUCGUUCCAGCUCAGCUCCUUCCGGAGUCAACCGACAAAGCUCAAAAUCCGACGCUGCAAAACAAACUAACUUCACCGUGGUGAAAACUCCUUCCAUAGCCACGCCAGGCGAUGAGUUACAAUUCGACACCUUGUCCAAUGGGUCCGGACUUCUACCACCCGGUCUUUACACCGAGGUUGAAGCAUUGCAUCUUUCUCGCGGCGAUAACCCAUACAUUCAGAAAAUCUCCAGUCAAGACAAUUUGGAUGAGUAUCUCGGCUCGGAGAUCGGCUCGUUUGCUCGAUAUGCCAGCCAAAGCCUGGUGAGUGGGAGUCACUCUCUCAUGAGCCCAGAGCCUCCGUAUUCUCCAACCAAGUCUUGCGAUGCCCUCACCUUGUCGGAGCUACACUCUCACUUGGUGCGAUCUCCCCCACCAGUCAAUUGGCCCACAAGAGAGCUUCCAUUGUCUCCCCGAUCAAAUGGAACCUUCUCGCCCGACUCGAGCGAUGGCUUGGAAUCAUCGGAAUACAACGGCAACGCCAACUGCUACAUGCGUAGUCAGUCCGAGGAGCAUAUUCUGUCGCCAUGUCGGGAUCUUUUGAAGGCUGGCCUUUUUUCCCCCGUACGUGGGACAACGCCCGAGCUGAUGACCAUGAGCAUGGGACCGGAGACCUUGGCUUGCCAUUUCAAUAGUCCCAAGAACCCACGAGAGGCCAAAAUCAGACGAAACUACACGUGUAACUUGUCCACUGAAGAUACUCUAAGUCCAACCCGACGUGGUUGCGAGGGUGGCACAACUCCAUCGUUUUCAACGUACACUAUGAUGAGUGGUGGAUCUUCUCGGCAAAAUGCAGAGCAAACUCGAAGAGGCUACGGCGGUCGAACUUUGGGUGGCAAGCGAUCCACGGGCGACAAUUUCUUUUCCACCUGGCGAUCUCAAAGAUGCCGUAGGUCAUCGGAUCAGCAUCAAGAUGCAAAAUCCAUGGAAAGCUUGCAGGUUGACUUUUAUCGAAUGGGAGGGGGGUUCAGUCCAGGAACCAGGAAAUCAAUUUGCUCAUUUGGCGGCGGUGGAAUGUCACCACGAAACGGUCCAUUAACUUUUACUCGCUUUCGCUCCUCGGGGACUAAAAAUGAUCCAGAUCUCUUGUUUAUUCCUUGAACCACAAUGUGUUACAAUCUACUUAUACAUAAAUCUAUAAAAAUCUGCAUCGAUUAAAUCCUAGAGAACAAUAAAACCGUAUUGACGUGGAA